AUGGCAUCACACCAAGCAGAGGAAAUUUAUUCAUGUGCUAAUAAUCAUGAUCGGAAUGAUGUGAUGAUGAGUAGUAGUAAUAGUGUUGUUAUUAAUGAUCGUCGCGGAAUUUUCAAGUCAAUUCCUAAAGAAGUUAUUUUACAAAUUUUCUGUUACUUGUAUAAACCAGAAGAGUUUCAAGGCUUUGCGUUGACUUGUAAAUUAUGUUAUGAAGUGUACGCUGAGGAAAUGUCAAUGAGUUUGGAUGGAAUUAGAUUGGAUUAUUUGAAUGGUGUGGAUCGAAGUGGAAAACCUAAUCGAUUGAUUGAAUUAUUUUCUAUGAAUGAUGGAAUGUCGGCUGACAAGUUGGCCAUUGAUUAUGAUAGUUACUUUAGAAAGAAGGGGGAAUUUUAUGAACAGUAUUUAGUGGAUGAGAUUCCAAAGUGCACUAACAAAAAGCUUGAUAAUGAGGAUGACAUAGUGGAUGAAGAGGAAUACCUGGAAGAAAUGCAAACAUGUAUUCCAUACCAGGGCGAAUCGUCUAAUGAUUCUGAUGAAGAAGAGAGUGAGGAAAGGAAAAAGGUAUUCAAAUUUCCAUUUGUAAAUACUUUAGAAAAAUUCAAAGAGAGAUUGAAUGAAAUUCUGAAAAACAAUGCUAUGGCUAAAAAGGUAACGGAAUGUCUGAAUCAUUUUAACAAUACUACAAAGACCAAUGUUAGAUUCAUUAUUGCAGGUGGAUUUGUUACACAUCUGGUAUCUAAUUGUGGUUGUUGUGAUAUUGAUAUUUUCACAAUUUCUAAUGGGUCUAGUGACGAAAUUAUCGAUCAUUCACUGAAACAAGUAUUAACUCAUAUUGCUAUGGAGCUUCGAAAGGAAAAGGUAGAUUAUAAUAUAUUAAAGACUAAUGGCACAUUGAAUCUAUUACCAAUUACCAAUGGAAUUAAAUCCAAUCUGUGUCACAGAUAUCCAGAUGCUGGUCCUAUGGAUGAAGAUGAACUCCCUUGCCAGUUCGUAUUGAGAAGAGUACAAUCAAUUGAAGAAUUAAUGUGCUUCUUUGAUAUUGAUUGUUGUAGAUUUUGUUACGAUUUUGAGAGUGUGUACACCAUAUUGGAAGGGCUUAGAUCCAUGAAAUUUAAACUCAAUUUUGUUGCCAGACGUCAUAUUCACACUGGUCUCUAUGUAAAUAGAGCCAUCAAAUAUAGUAGAAGAGGAUUGGAUACACUGUGUGUUGAUUUGCACCCAUUUGAACACAGACUCCAUGCACAAACAUUCAUGACAUGGCUCAGAGAAUUUUUAAGCUCACAUUUCACGGGAAUGGCUGAUGAGGGAGACUAUGAUGAUCCAUACUUUAAUGACGAAUCUUGGAAUGGUUUUAACACAAUAGCUCCAUACAUGUAUAUUGACAAGUAUGCUGGAGAUUCUGACUUUGACGAAGAGCCUUACUAUUCUAUCGUAUUGAAAAGUUUGGAUUAUUGGCUUGUGAAAUGUGUUUUGGAUAAUGGAUUGCGUGAUGCAAUGUAUUCAUUCGAGGCAAAUGGUGAUUACAGGGAUGGAAGAUGGACGAAUGCAUUAAAGGAUAUCACGAUAGUGCAUAACGUAGAGAAAAAUCCUGUUAUCGAGUCAAUCAUUGAGCACAUUGAAAAAUAUGAUAUUCACUACUUUUGUCAUACCAUUGAAGAGUUACUCAUCAAACAUCCAUCCAUGUACAUUACUGAAGGUUAUUUGGAUAGCCAUCUCAAAAGCAAGUAUGGAUUCGAUAGGUGCUACUUGUGCAAUCAAUACAAGAUGGACGGCUUUAAAUCCAUGUGUCACAAAUGUAAAUAUUGGAAUAUUGGAAUGGAAAAGAUGCAUAGAGAUCUUUCUGGAAAAGUUGCAAUCGUUACAGGAGGAAGAUGUAAAAUAGGUUAUGAAACUAGUUUGCUAUUAUUGAGAAUGAAAGCAACUGUAGUGGUCACAACAAGAUUUGGCUUUAAUGCACUCUCGAAAUUCCAGAAAGAAAGCGACUAUAAGGAAUGGAAAGAUAAUUUGAUUAUUUACCCUCUGAAUUUGAAACAUGGACCAUCAGUUGUGGAAUUUACAACAUUUAUCAAAUCAAAAUUCAAGCAUGUGGACUUUUUAGUGAAUAAUGCAGCUCAAACAGUAAGAAGGCCAGUACCAUAUUUCACACCUUUGGUUGCAAUUGAAAAAAGCCACUCACAAUCUUUAUAUUUGCCAUUAGGAUUGGAAGAGAAUAGCAGUGAAUCCAACACAACACUAGCAGUCAAGGAUCUCACCAAACAAUUGGUGAAUAAUGCUCUCAAUAGUACUCUUGAAGCUCUCACUCCGGAGGAUUCUACCUAUGAAUUUAGAAAGGAAUUGGAUAAGUUUGGUGAAUUAAUUGAUCAUCGAACUAGACAUACUUGGAAUAUGGCUCUAAAUGAAACAAGCACUGCUGAAAUAAUUGAAUGUCAAAUGGUGAAUAGUAUUGCUCCAACACUUUUAGUUUCCAAAUUGACUGAUUUGCUGAGACCUCAAUUGAGUGAUGAGGAAUUACUGUCCAUUGAUUUUGAAAAUAACUCACCAUAUUCGUAUGUGGUUAAUGUAACUUCACAUGAGGGCUCUUUCAAUACUACAGGAAAAACAGAUUUCCACAUUCAAACCAAUCUUUCUAAGGCAUCACUCAACAUGUUGACGCAUUCAGCCGCUAAUCAACUUGCCAAACAAGGAAUAUUGAUGAAUUCGGUGGAUGUUGGUUGGAUUUCUUCAUCUAUUCCAACAUUUAAAGAUCCACCUUUAAAAUGUAUUGAUGGUGCUUACAGAAUUUUACAUCCAAUCCUCACCAAUUCCACCAGUUAUGGUAAAUUAUUCAAAGACUAUAAAGUUGUUGAGUGGUAG